AUGGGUAAAGGGGAUAGGGAAGAUAUUCGAGAGCUCUUCAUGGAUUUUGUUGAUAGAGUAUUGGCAUUGCAGGGUGAUUCUCCCAUUAAGAAAGUCUCCAUCAACUGUGUCGGUGUUGAUUCAGUUAGAGUGGAUGCUUGGAUACGUAAUGUGAUGUUACGUGGUGUUUCAGAGCUUGUUCUUUUAAUCGUUUUGGAUGUCCAGUCGAUUGGUAAGAAGUUUUGGGUGCCUCCAAAAUGUUUCGAGAGCAAGAAACUAGUUAAGCUAGAGAUAGGUUAUGGAGUUGAUAUUGGUUGGUUAGAUGGAAGCUUUUUCUUACUGAUGCUUAAAACUCUUGUUCUUAGGUUAGUUCAGUUAUCUGCUGAUAAGUUUAAGAUUCUUCUUCAUGAUUUGCCUGCGCUUGAGGAAUUAGCCAUGGGUUAUGUAACCUGGAGUGAAGAUGAUGCUGUUGUGUCAGAUGCAAACACUUUUUCGGUUGAUACGCCGAGUCUCACUUACUUCUCUUACUCUGACUUGUUGCUAAAGACUACCCUGUAA